CGGCUAUGAAUUGUAUAUAACCGUUGUCUGCACCGCAACCGCCUUUCUCACUCUAAAAAAAACUCCAUUUUCUCUCUCUCUCUCUUUCUCUCUCUUCUCUGUCUCUCUGAAAAACUUACAUUUGUCAGUCGGAGAAGAAGCAAAAGGAAGUUUCUGUUAUCGGUGGCCGCCGCCGGACAAAAAACCGUACUUCUUUUUCCCUUUUCCGGCAAGGAAAUUCCUUGUUGCCUUUUUUCUAGCUUCUUCAAAAAAAGCCUUUCCGAUUUCCUUCCUUCUCCACCCACUUGACCUUUCAUUUCUCUCAUUAUUAACUCUUUUCACGAGCAGCAGCAGCUACCAUUUAAGUAUCCCAUACAGUUCUCAUAUCUCAGAUGAAUCUGUCCUUUUCAUGAAAUUUCACACGUAAUCUCUGUAACAACGAUGUUCAGGCCAUCGCCGCCGUCGAAGCGGGUUGUACGGAUAACGGUGACUGACGCCGACGCGACUGACUCGUCCGGCGAGGAGGGAAACGGUUUCUCCAAGCGUGUUGUUAAUGGGGUGAAGAGAUUUGUUAAUGAAGUUACAAUAGAGGAAAGAAAUAUAUCUAAGCCGGUUAACCGGCGAAAGAAGUCCAACGGACGAGGGAAAAUUCCUGUAAAUUCCGGGGAAGGGAUGAAGUUUCGUGGAGUUAGACAGAGGCCAUGGGGGAAAUGGGCGGCGGAAAUCAGAGACCCACUUCGUCGUGUUAGGGUUUGGUUAGGUACAUUCGAAACGGCUGAAGAAGCUGCCAUGGUUUAUGAUAAUGCCGCAAUCAAACUUCGUGGACCCAACGCCUUAACUAAUUUCGUAACCCCCAAAUCGAAAACGACGGCCGCCGCCAUCGACGAACCUUAUACCUCCGCCGACGAAUCAUUAAGCAACCGCGUUUCUUCACCGAGAUCCGUUUUACGGGUCCGUUGGGGUCCCAACGUCGGAGAAGAACCAGAGCGGUGCGACGGGAAAUUAGUUCCGGCGACAUAUUCAGAGCUGCCUUCUACUUCUACUUUUACUUCAUCGUUGUUGGCGAUACCGGAUGAUAUCUUUGAGUUUCCGUACCCGGUUCAGAAUGUUAGUGACCCGUUUAGGGAAACAACAGAGAAAGCGGGUUGUUCUUUCUUUUUCGAAGAAGAAGAUUGUGAAGAUCAGUUGUUUCCUUUUAAUGGCGGUGGGGAAUUGGAGUUUCGUCUUCCUGACGACGAUUAUUUUGAGAUUCAAGAAGAUAUUGGUGAUUUGAUCUUCUAAUCAAUGGUUUGUGUGUGUAGAGGAAUUUUGUUUUUACUUUUUACUACUACUGCUUACUAGUUACUUUUUACAGUUCUAAAAUGUUAGAAAUUCCUGCGAGAAUGUAGUAAUUUUCAAUGCAAUUACUACUGUUUGAACUUUCCAA